UUUUGUUUUAUGUAAAUCGAGGGCACAUGGGGAAUGUAAAAUAAGACACAUUUGAAGCCGAAGAAUUUUCCUAAAUAUGAUUGAAAUGAACAAAACUGCAAUUGGAAUUGCAGCGGGAGUGGCUGGCACUUUAUUUAUAGGAUACUGCAUCUAUUUCGACAAGAAGCGCCGCAGCGAUCCAGAGUACAAGAAGAAAGUCCGUGAGCGUCGCCGCCGCAACAAGAAAACUGGAGGCGCUAAAUCCGGAAUACCAAAUCUUAAUGAUCAUGAAGCAAUUGAAAGAUAUUUCUUGCAAGAAAUCCAACAGGGUGAGACCCUGAUUGCUCGUGGAGAUUUCGACAGCGGUGUCGAGCAUUUGGCAAAUGCCAUUGUUGUCUGCGGCCAGCCGGCUCGUCUGCUACAAGUGCUGCAAUCCUCCCUGCCAGCCCAAGUAUUUGCGAUGUUGAUUGUUAAAAUGCAGGAGUUCGGCAAUCGGGCGGCGGAGGGUAAUGACGGUCCAAUCUCAUUGGGGCAGAGCUCUGGACAACCUCUAGACGGCGCCAAAAUUAUAGAGAGCUCAUCGGGGGCGAUUAUCGAUGACCUUGAAUAAUAUUUGGAGGAUGGUUACGAAAAAUUGAAAUACAAAUUUCAACAGUAAAAAUUAAGGGCUUCAUAUAUAAACAUAUUUUUUUUAUAUAUUGAUUUCUCUGAAUGUUCCCAAUACAUAAAAAUAAAUAUGCGUAAACUGUUAACAAUUAAA